CCCCAGACUAGGGAACCCUCAAACCCCGGCCCCUGCCCCCCACACCUAGCGGGCACACUUACCCCCUGUCUUGCCCUGGUCCCCAUGUUCGUGGGCGGGAUGCUUGGGGAAGAAAGGAACUCUCCCAGCACAGCCAGUACCAUGGCAUCUGGAGUGGAAGUCUUGCGAUUCCAGCUCCCAGGGCAUGAGGCUGCCACCCUUCGAAACAUGAACCAGCUCCGGGCAGAAGAACGCUUCUGCGAUGUCACCAUCGUGGCCGACAGCCUCAAGUUCCGGGGCCACAAGGUAAUCUUGGCGGCCUGCUCCCCAUUUCUUCGUGACCAGUUUCUCCUCAAUCCCAGUUCAGAGCUACAGGUCUCGCUAAUGCACAGUGCCAGAAUCGUGGCAGACCUCCUUCUCUCCUGCUAUACUGGUGCUCUGGAGUUUGCCGUCCGUGACAUUGUCAACUACUUGACUGCUGCCUCCUAUCUCCAAAUGGAGCAUGUGGUAGAAAAAUGUAGAAAUGCCCUGAGCCAAUUCAUUGAACCCAAGAUUGGCCUAAAAGAGGAUGGAGUUAGUGGAGGGAUUGGAUUGACUGGGCUCAGCUCCACCAAGUCACUUCUUCCACCUGCUCGAACCCCAAAGCCAGCUCCCAAACCCCCACCACCACCUCCACCACCUCCUCUUCUCCGACCAGUGAAGCUAGAAUUUCCCCUAGAUGAGGACCUUGAGUUAAAGGCAGAAGAAGAAGAAGAGGAUGAAGAAGAGGAUGUGUCAGAUAUCUGCAUUGUCAAAGUGGAAUCAGCUUUGGAAGUGGCACAGAGGCUUAAGCCCCCUGGAGGCAUUGGGGGGAGCCUUGGUCUUGGAGGGAGCCUUGGGCUUGGGGGCAACCUUAGCCUUGGAGGAAGUCUUGGCCUUGGGGGGAGUAGUGGACUCCUCAUCAAUGAAGUUGGAGAAACUAUUGAUGCACCUGAUGAUAGCACAGCACCCCAGGGGGUAGUGAAGGCCUGCUAUAGCCUUACAGAAGACACAGAAGGGGAGGGUCUGUUGCUGUUUCCUGGAGGUCAAGUAGGGGAGGGCAUUAGCCUUGGGCUGGGAGAUGAAGCCCUAGCAGCAGCCACUAUGUCCCGGAGCAGUGGUGUUAGUGGGAGUUAUGGGGGCAUGAGGAGUCCUAUACCAGGAGGCUCCCCAGUGGGAAACCCACUGAAGAACAUCAAGUGUACCAAGUGCCCAGAAGUGUUUCAGGGUGUGGAAAAACUUGUAUUCCACAUGAGAGCCCAGCACUUCAUCUUUAUGUGCCCUCGAUGUGGGAAGCAGUUCAACCAUAGCAGCAACCUCAACCGCCACAUGAACGUCCACCGAGGUGUGAAGUCACACUCCUGUGGUAUUUGUGGCAAAUGCUUCACGCAGAAGUCUACCCUACACGACCACCUCAACCUUCACUCUGGGGCUCGACCCUACCGUUGUUCUUACUGUGAUGUUCGAUUUGCCCAUAAACCUGCCAUUCGACGCCACCUCAAGGAGCAGCAUGGCAAGACCACAGCAGAGAAUGUCCUUGAUGCCAGUGUGUCGGAGCUCAAUGCCCUCCUCCACUAGCUGGAGGAGGGAUAACUAGGGGAGGGGGUGAGGUGAGGAGAGGAGAUUGCUGGUAGAAGGGGGUGAUGAAGGAUCCUCUUUCCCCAAGGGGAGGAAGUUUGAAGGGGAAAAGAGCUUUUCUGUUUCCAGGAGAGUUAACAUACUUCCUGGGGUUAAAGGCAGAAGUAUUACAAAAGAACAGCUCCUCAGGUCUUCCUCAGGGGACUAAGAAUGGGUUAGACCUUGCUGAGGGGAUUAACAAACCUUUCCUUGGGAUGAUAAGGAAAGAAAAGUUUUCCUGUAUUCUAGGAUGAAAAGGGUCCAGGAAGAGGGAAGGCUCUUUUCUGGAAGAUUAUUGGGGUGAGGAUGGUGUGCAGAGUGUAAGUAGUAAAAAGGGGAAUAUAGGAGAAGAUGAUUUUAUCAUAGGGUAAGAAAGCGGUAGAGAAGACUUAACUCAGUUGGGGUAGGUUGGGUGGGAAUUGGGAGGGAAUCUUACCAAAGCUAUACCUAUCCUUGGGUGGGAAUAGAACAGGGGAAACCUCUUAAAUUCUUGGGAGAGCAACUAUUAUGAGGAAAAGGUUAUCAAAUCCCAGGGAGAAAAAGUAGAGAAUGUCUUUUUGCAUGCUAGGGAGGAGGGGAGGGGGAUGGGGAUGGACUUUUGUCUCAGGAGACAAAAAGUGACAAAUGGUGACAAAAAUAAAAGAAAAAGGGAGAAGAAUGGAAGUAGACUAGAAAACAAUAGAGGUAAAAGGAGGUGGAAAGUCAGAAGUAGUAAGGGUUGGGGAGGGGACAUGGGGAGAAGAGGAAAAUACCUAGAAAAGGGCUCUUAGGCAGGGGAGGGAAGCAGCGGGGGAGGGAAAGGGUGUGGUAGAGACAUAACCGUAUUUUUUAAGGAAACAUAUUUUUCAGGAGUUUUCUGGAAUUUGAGGUCUCAGUUUCUGUUUUUAUUUUCCACAAAAUAAAAAAAAGUUUUUUUUCUUUA